AUGUAUCAGAUCCGCUACGCAACCGAGGCUGACAUGCCAGCUUUAUGCGAAAUCAACUACGUUAGCUUCAAGAAUUAUCGCUUUCGAUCUGCUGUGUUCCCUCAAUGCGAGCCUGCAACCCUCAAGAAAUUCAAGGCGCUUAAUGGCAUGAAGCAAAUGGCGAACCCGGAGAUGCAUGUUAUUACAAUUGAGGACUCGAAUACUGGGCAAUUGGUUGGGUACGCCCGCUGGCUUAUUCCAAGAGUACUAGGAGUAUCUUCCCCUGUCUGUAUCCUCAGUGCAAGGGGAGCUGCCCUCGCAGCCGCCACGGAACAGCCAUUAGACCAUGCACCUCGCCCUAUGAACGAGGGGCUUUUUUAUGCACCAAGAAAGCUUCUAGGGCCAGCACGCAGAAGACACACCGCAGAGCGAGAUAUAGUUCUCGAUUUCCUUGCUACUUUACCCGCAUAUCGCGGUCGUGGAAUAGGCUCUGCACUUUUGGAGUGGGGCAUUAAAAUUGCAGAUACAGUAAAGACACGUAUCUAUCUGGAGGCAACAUCUGCCGGCCUGUCGCUGUACAGUAAGCAUGGGUGGCAAGUAGUGGAAGAGCUUGUGUUGGAUUUGGAACUAUUUGGAGAGGGCAGGGAAGAACUUUUCACUCUUAUGUUGCGGGAGCCGGUGUUGCUCGAUGUUCCCUAA